UUUACAUGUAUGUAUAUGUAUAUGUAUAUGUAUAUAUACGUGUAUAUAUGGAUAUUUAUGUAUAUGACCUUCACUAGGGCUUCUUAUUGUGUUUUAUUUUGGGUGUAGGGAGAUGGAAGUGCUUCAAGAGGUAAUGGAGAGGCUAAGAUCAAUUGUGGGUCCUGAGAGUUGGGAUUACUGUGUCCUUUGGAAACCAAGUAAAGAUCAAAGGUUGAUUGAAUGGGCGGAUUGCUGUUGUUCUGGGAGCAAUGGAAGCCAUGGAAAUGGUGGAGAGGAUGAACAACGAGUUCUCUUUCAAUGCAAAGAUGUCACCUUCAAUCACUCAACCAAGGAUGCUUGCCACCUUCUUUCACUUUUACCUUCUUCCAUGCCUUAUGAUCACUCUGGGAUAUAUGGACAAACCAUGAUAUCUAAUCAACCACGAUGGCUAAACUUUUCCAAUAGCUCCAAUACUGAUUUUUCUGAGGAUAAUCUUGGGACCAAAGCUUUGAUUCCUGUUCCGAUUGGACUUGUUGAACUCUUUGUAUCUAAACAAAUACCAGAAGAUCAAAGCAUCAUUGAUUUUGUGACCACUCUAUUUAACAUGUCACUAGAACAACAUCCUAUCUUGAACACGAACAACAAUGUGGACUCAAGCUUCUCGGUAAACAUGGACAAUUUAGACAAUGAAGAAUCAAAGGAUUACAUAGCUCAAGUACUCGACGACCAAAAAGAUCCAAAUAACCAUUUCCAACCACCGAUUUCUCCGGCGACCAUGUUAGAAAACCUAAACCUCUCACCCCACAAUAUCUCUGAUAACCAUUUGCAUCCGAUGAACUUCUUGCAACAAUUCAACUAUAGUGAAAAUCGAAAUGGCAAGAACAUGUUCUUGGAAGGCACGAGUGAGCCGAUGAUGAUGAACCAUGAUGACCCUUUUGACCCUAAUUCAGAGGAGAAUGUAGGGUUUGACCAUGAGAUUGAUAUGGCCUUGCAAGGGCAAAUGAUGGGUGAGAAUAUGAACAAGGGGCACCUCAUGGAACCAUUGGAGAAUGGUGCAAAGAAGCAAGGGGACAUGAAUCGUUCGGAUUCUGUCUCCGAUUGUAGUGAUCAAAAUGAUGAAGAAGAUGAUCCAAAAUGUCGGAGGAGGAAUGGAAAGCCACAGUCGAAGAACCUUAUGGCGGAGCGUAAGAGACGAAAGAAGCUUAAUGAUCGCCUCUAUACUCUUCGUUCUUUAGUACCCAAAAUCACCAAGUUGGAUAGAGCCUCUAUACUAAAAGAUGCAAUCGAGUAUGUGAUGGAGUUGAAGAGGCAAGUAGAAGAACUCCAAAAUGAGUUGGAAGAGAACUCCGAUGACGAGGGUACCACAAAUAACCAAAGCACAAUUGUUGAACAAGAGGUGAUGCAUGGCAAUGGAAGCAACCUAAAACGUAGGUUUAGCCAUGGACAUGGGAUGUUCGUGAAUGGUCCUCAAUUAGAAGCUUAUUCAGGCGUCGGUGCCAUUGAUGUCCCAAAACAUACCCCAGACACCGAAGGUGCUAACGAGAAAGGGCAACAAAUGGAGCCACAAGUGGAAGUUGCAUCCUUAGAUGGAAACGAAUUUUACGUGAAGGUAUUUUGUGAGCACAAACCAGGAGAAUUUGUGAGGUUAAUGGAAGCAUUCAACUCUCUAGGACUCGAAGUGACAAAUGUGAAUGUUACUAGCUUCAGAUGUUUGGUUUUGAAUGUCUUCAAAGUUGAGAGGAAAGAUAGUGAAAUGGUGCAAGCAGACCAUGUCAGGGAAUCCCUGCUUGAGAUAACACGAAACCCUUCUAGAGGGUGGCCGGAAACCACCACCAAAGCACCAGAAAAUGGGCAUGGCAUGGCGGACCACCAACUCCACCACCACCAUCACAACCACAAUCACCACCACAACCACCAUUCCCACCUCCAUAAUCACCAGAAACCACAGUACCACUACAAUGCAAUUUAUCAAGUUCUUAACUGAAGUGUUCAAAACACUUUUUAGUUUCCAUGUUUUAGCUUCAUAUGAAACACAUGAUCUGUUGUCUACUU